GGCCGCGCGCGCUGCACGAAUAAGGGGACUGCGGGGCUGCUCAGCCACACGCUCCUGGACAGAGCUAGCCCGUCAACCUUUUGACAUCACGCCUCCGUCUCCGCCGACGGCCGCCAUUGCUACUCGCUAUACAGCAGCUUUCCACACAUUUUCCUCAUAUUCAUUCCCUCCGUCUGCGCCAGCUGUAGCGCUCCGGAGGCCUUCAGGCUCGCGGUUCCGACAGCGACCUAGGCACCAUCGACGCCUUCCACCACACAGCCUGCGCUCGCCAGGCACACCAUCACCUCGCCGCCAUUAUCGGCGCAACCCCGCUGCAGACAGCUUCUUCGCUGGACACCGCUAGACCACCGCCACCAUGAAUGUUGACGAGACAGUUGCCAAUGUGCAACGCAAAAUUGACAGGGAGAAGGCCCUGAUCAACGCAGCCAAUGCCAUGCGCCAGUCGACCAACAACCCCGCCGUCCUCUCGCGUCUCGACGGCCAGAUCCGAGAUGGCCGCCGUAACAUCGAAUACUUCGAGUCGAAGCUGCGAGAUCUGGAAAUGCAGAGGACAGCCAACGACAUGGGGAACAUGAACCUAGGGCCCGGUGCCUCGAGGAGGACCGGCAAUCCUCUGACGCCUCCCCCAAAGGAUGGCUGGAACGAAUACAUGGGACAAGACCAGGGGGGCUACGGAGACGGUCAGUACAGCAACCUCGGCGGCGGGCAGGGCCUGAUGCCCCCCCGGGCACCGUAUGCCCCUCCCGGGCCCGGAUCACAACAGCCCAAACGCCCCAACUAUAGCAAACUCGAUCUCAUCAAAUAUGAUACCCCGCACCUGGGCCCCCGCAUCCAGCUCAUGCUGUCGCAGCUCGAGUUCAAGCUCAGCGUCGAGAAGCAGUACAAGGACGGCAUCGAGAAGAUGGUCCGCUUAUAUCAGAUGGAGGGAGAUCGCAAGAGCAAGCAAGACGCCGAAGCUAAGCGCAUUGAGAGCAACCAGAAGAUCCAGCUGUUAAAACAGUCAUUGAAGCGAUACGAAGAUCUCCAUGUAGACAUAGAAGGCGCCGAUGACCGCGAUGACGACAGUCUCAGCGUACCGAGCCAGAGGAAGCCUCUGAGCGGUCACCUAUCCCUACGAAUUCACGCCGUCGCCGACGUCGACCACGCAGGAACGGGCCGCUUCAGCCGCGGGCCGGAAACCUUUGUUAACAUCAAGGUCGAAGACGCCAUCAAAGGGCGCACGAAGCCAACUAGAAACGAUCGUUGGGCAGACGAGCUGCAUGAAUUUGACAUCGACAAGGCGAACGAGAUCGAGAUCACCGUGUACGAUAAGACGAGCGACCAUCCGCUGCCCAUCGGUAUGCUGUGGGUGCGCAUAUCGGAUAUUGCUGAAGAGAUGCGCCGUAAGAAAAUUGAAUCUGAACUUCAGAACUCCGGAUGGGUGUCGGCGGACAAGAUGGGAGGAGGCUCGAGUCCUCAGCCAGAUCUACAGUUCCAGCCGCCGCCUGGGCAGAGCUAUGCAGGUGCUGGCGGUCCCGUUCCUGGGGGAAUGAGGCCGCAGGGACCCGCUGGCGCAGGUGCCCCUCACCCGCAGACUGGACCUAUCUUCAUAGACGCUUGGUUCUCUUUGGAGCCCGUGGGGCGCAUACACCUGACCAUGUCUUUUGUCAAGCAUACUCGGAAUAAGCAACCAUUCGAUGCCGGUCUCGGUCGCAAAGGAGCCAUCCGUCAGCGCAAAGAAGAGGUACAUGAGCAAUACGGCCACAAGUUCGUCCAGCAGCAGUUUUACAAUAUUAUGCGCUGCGCUCUCUGUGGAGAGUUCCUCAAGUACGCUGCUGGAAUGCAGUGUUCGGAUUGCAAGUACACGUGUCACAAGAAAUGCUACCCCAAGGUGGUGACCAAAUGCAUCACGCAGUCCAAUGCAGAGACGGACCCCGACGAAGCCAAGCUGAACCAUCGCAUUCCGCAUCGAUUCGAGAAUUUCUCCAACAUGGGCGCAAACUGGUGCUGUCACUGCGGAUAUAUUCUUCCUUUAGGUCGCAAGCAGACCAAAAAGUGCACAGAAUGUGGGCUUACCUGCCACGCCGGAUGCGUGCACUUUGUUCCGGACUUCUGUGGCAUGUCCAUGGAAGUUGCCAACCAAAUUCUUAUGGAGAUCAAGAGAACUAAAAGAGGCCAAUCCGCUGCCGGAUCAACCAUGAGUUCCCGUGACCUUCGCAAACAUCAACCACCAAGGCCGGCUCCUUCGCCCGCUUCUCAGCCCCAAUACCCCCCUCCACCGGGACAGGAGCCACAAGGACAGCCCGACAGAUAUUCCUAUGGCAAGGAUCAACAAUAUGGCGCUCCGCCCCGACAACAGUCAUACCCGCCGUCCGCGACGUCCGUGGAUGCCGCCCGUGUGUCAUACUCCACAUCAAGUUCGACUCCGACGCCGACAUCGCCAACCUCUCAGACGCGCCCCCCAUCAGGACCGCGGACGCAAUCCCAGCAGACUGCAGCUAUAGCCGCUGGUACGGCAAUGGCUAAGGGACCUGCUCCUGGGUACCAUCGCGCGCAGUCUGAUUUCCCGCCCUCAGGGUCUCGAUCAUCGGGCGGUUAUCCACAAGAUCAGCGCAUUCCUCAACAGCAGAUGCCUCAACAAUAUAACCCUCAGGACUAUGCAAACAUACCCAGCUACCCGCCUGCACACCACCAGACUGCGCAAAUGCCAUAUCAGCAGCAGCAGCAGCAGCAGCAGAAGUCAUCUUAUCCAUUCCCUCAACCCCAACCACAAUCGCAGCCGCAACUACAUCAGCCACAUCAACCACAACCACCUCCACACCAGCCUGAGAUGAAACAACCACAGCCGCCUUCUCAGCCGGCUCAACCAAUGUCCGCGAUGACCAAGGCUCCAGAGCACAAGGUCACUCCUUCGGCAAACAGCCAAGGCACGGGAAGGAGAAUUGGCUUAGACCAUUUCAACUUCUUAGCUGUUCUAGGUAAAGGCAAUUUCGGAAAAGUCAUGCUGGCCGAAACGAAGAGCACCAAGCAGCUCUAUGCUAUCAAGGUCCUUAAGAAGGAGUUCAUCAUUGAGAAUGAUGAAGUCGAGAGUACUAGGUCGGAGAAGAGGGUGUUCUUGAUUGCCAACAAGGAGCGCCAUCCUUUCUUGCUCAAUCUGCACGCUUGUUUCCAAACGGAGACUAGGGUUUACUUCGUCAUGGAGUACAUCAGCGGUGGUGAUUUGAUGUUGCAUAUCCAGAGGGGCCAAUUCGGCACUAAGCGAGCCCAGUUCUACGCCGCCGAGGUCUGUCUUGCGUUAAAGUAUUUCCACGAGAACGGUGUCAUCUACCGAGACUUGAAGUUGGAUAACAUACUCCUUACGCUUGACGGGCACAUCAAGAUCGGGGACUACGGGUUGUGCAAGGAAGAGAUGUGGUACGGCUCGACUACGAGCACAUUCUGCGGUACACCCGAGUUUAUGGCUCCGGAGAUUCUCCUGGACAAGAAGUAUGGUCGCGCAGUCGACUGGUGGGCAUUCGGCGUCCUCAUUUACCAGAUGCUUCUCCAACAAUCACCGUUCCGUGGCGAAGAUGAAGACGAAAUCUACGACGCUAUUCUUGCGGACGAACCCCUUUAUCCCAUCCAUAUGCCUCGCGACUCUGUCUCGAUACUCCAGAAAUUGCUCACCCGCGAGCCGGAACUGCGACUCGGGUCCGGUCCGACGGACGCGCAGGAAAUCAUGAGUCACGCCUUCUUCCGGAACAUCAACUGGGAUGAUGUGUACCACAAGAGGAUCCCAGCCCCCUUCAUCCCUCAGAUUACCAGCCCGACCGAUACAAGCAAUUUCGACACGGAGUUCACGAGCGUAACGCCUGUACUCACUCCAGUGCAAUCUGUUCUUUCGCAAGCCAUGCAAGAAGAAUUCCGAGGCUUCUCCUACUCGGCCGACUUCGCAUAAAGGAUGUUUUCCUUCGGAUACCCCGGAUGUUCAAGUUCAGCUUUAGGUUCUUCUCAACGACACUGUCGCAUGGUGCAAGCAUAAGGUACGUUUGAAGGUCGCAUGUGGCACAUCUCAUUGCUCCUGGCCGCGGCAAGAUUGCUUCGAGGCGUUGAAGGCGUUGCAAAAUUCCC